AUGAGUGACUCGCCGCGGAAGUCACGCGCCAGCCGCCCCGUGACGCCCCCCAAUCGUGUCGUUCCGCCGACUGAACCCUCGCCGGAAGUGGCGCUGGUGGCCGCAACGUUUGCGAACCGCGAACUCCGCUGGGCACGGGCCACAUCUACACACUACGCGAGUGCCCACGCGGAGGCCGCACGCGAGCGGGACGAACUCGCCGAAGCCCUUGCGGCCGCGGAAUGUGAUGCGGCGGUGGCAAAUGCGGCGCUUGAACAGCGACUGGCGGAUGCGUAUGCGGCGAACGCGGCGCUGCGGCGGGAAGUGUCGGAUACAGCAGAGGCGGGUCAGGCGGAGGCGAAUCGAUUGCGGGAUGAACUGCGAGAACGUGACAGUGAGGCGGAGAAACUGCGGCAACGUAUUGCGGAAUUAGAGGCGGAGCGAGCUGCUAUUGAUGCCUUCUUCGCAGAACGUGAUGCUCACAUAGCGGAACGGGACAGAUUGGCGAAACAGUGCGAAGAAGAGAAGGCACGAUAUGCUCGAGAUACACGUGAACUCCGUCUGCAGUUGAUGGCUGAGCGUGUGCGGGUUCGGGCGGAGGAACAGCGACUGCGGGAACGCCACGCACAGGACGUUCGAAACACAGCGGAAGAACUUCUUACUACAAAGGCACGCGUUACAGAGGAACUGAAUGAGACUCUCCGUCAGGAGAAGAGUUUGCUUUCCUCAGAUAUUCAGGCUACACGUGAGCAGUCAGAGACAUUGCGGCAGCGGAAUGCAAAACUACAACGUGAGGCUAUUCUUGCUGCAGAAGCUGAAACACAGUACGCUCUACGAGGGGCUAAACAAAGAAAGGAAAUCGCCGCUCUCAAGGAGCAAGUGCGAAUUACUGAAGAAAACCUCAAUGAGGUAGUUGAGAAGUACGAAAAACGUCUGCGUAAAGAGGCGAAAGAGCAUAAUACAGCUCUACAACAACGGACGAGUGAACGUGAUGAUGCAAGAUCCACUGCCGAGCGUCUACGUCGCGAACUUAUGAAAUUGCGAACUAUUUCUAAACAUAUAAUGAAACAACGCUCCGAAUUAGAGGAAUUUUUCUAUGAUGCAUUAGCGCAGGUAAGGCGGGAGAUGUUAGAGGAACGCCGCAACCGCAACCGUACAAUAGGCUAUCAUCAAGGUGGUAAUAUGUACCCCAAAAAUAUUCCACAACUAAAGCAGGAUAAUGAAUUGCUUCUUAUUGGUGAUGGUGAUGAUCAGCAUCAAGCACAUCCUCAUCAUUAUCAGGAACAACAAAAAGAAUCAAAAUGCCGAUCAUUGCGUCCUGUUCCUUUUCAUUCUCUUGAAGAAGGUUUUUCUUGGAACAACAAGGAAAUGUCACCUGGUGGUGAUGGUAAUAUACGCUUUUCGUCGCUUCCACUAAUUCCACUCUCGAGUGGUGGUGUUGUUCCCAUUAUGCAGAAACGUCUUAUACCUGCAAAAGAGUGGGGAUACGGUGAAAGUGGCGCAUUAACUAUACAUACUCCUCCUCCUCCUCCUCUUCCUGUCGCAGGAGGAGAGUUGACACUGUCGCAUACUGAAGACUUGGCGUGUAUCCCUAGUGCACCUACACUAAAGGAUUUACAGUCGGUUGAAAUUGCACAGCUUAGCUGGAAAGACAAGGAACGUGUACUUCAGGUUCUCUUUAAGCAUCUACAGGGUAGGUCCAAUGCGGCAAAGUCAAAACAGUGCACGCCAACAGAUGAGGCAGACUGUUUGAUGGAUGGUGUUGCUGUAAAACCCGAAACAAAUACGUUUUUGACGGAAUCUGCAUGA